AUGAAGCUGAUCCACACCUCCCUCCUUGCCCUAGCCCUCCUCCUCCCAGUCCUCACAGCCGGCCACCCGACCGCACGCUCACCCGAAGGACACCAACCCCACAAGCAUCACUGGAGCUUCGAUCUAUUCCACAACAAGCACUGCAUAGGCACAAUAGUUACCUACGAGGGCUAUGGAUCUACAGGCUGUCGCCCCAACAUCGAGAACGAUGGCGCAGAGUCUUUCAUCAACCUUAAAAUGGAUCCGGGUUGCAAGGUGAAACUUUUCCGGGAUAAGAGGUGUUCUCGAUAUGCGAUGAUUGAAGAGGUCAAGACUGGAUCCCAUACAAAGUGCAAGACUAUCUCGCGGAAGAAGACAGCUCAUAGUUUUGAGGUUUCUUGUCGGUGA